AUGAAGAGUUUUCUACUCGUUGUGGCAACUUUCUUUCCUCUUGUCCAUCCUGACUUGCUCACGAAAAUAAACAAAGACAAAAUUCCUGAAGAAAAUGCAGUUUCGGAAAGUAAGUUACAAUGGGAGACGUUUUUUUCGGCAUGUUUUUUCAAGAGGAAGCGGAAUGGCGAUUGAAGGCGAUAAGGAAGCUUUGGAGCGAACGCCAAAGUAUGGGACGCACACCUCUCAUUAGAUUCUCGGUGAUUGUGCGAAAUUCUAGGGAAAUUAACUAGUUUUUCAGCCGAGGGGGCUACCGAACUCGGAUAUUUUUCUGAAGAACGAAACGGCGACCAAGACGAGGACUCUAAAACAUCGUUUCGUCUGGGCGCUCGUUCUGUGGGCCAUCACAGAAGGGAAAGUUGGGAUAAUCGGAGAAAUACCAAUCAGAACCUUUUUCUCAGGUUACCAGCAACACCUCCGCCGUCUACGACUCCACAUCCGGCAACACUGGUGCCAGUGAAGCUUACAUGUGCUCUUUGAUCGGAGUUCCGUACGUUGCUGUGGUUUUUUAUUUUCCAAAAAUAGAAAACGUGAUAAUUUUCCAGGUUGCGGAUAACUUAGAAACAGAGAAAGUGCGACAAAUAGAAAGUUUUGGAGGAAAAAUUAUGAAGGUUUCCCCAAUUUUAAAGUGAUCGCAAUACGUUUUUCAGGUGCCCGUCUCAGAUCGUAAUAAAAGAGCCAAAGAAGAAGCCAAGAAAACGGGCGGAUUCUACAUCAACCAGUUCGGGAACGCUGAACGAGCCGAAGAGUACCAUGAAAGUAACCAUCUUUUAUCUGAUUAUUUAUUCAUUUCUUCCACUUCAUUAGGCGGCAGUUUCCACUACGAAAGUACCAACGUCUUUCAUGAAAUACUGGCUCAAUUUGAAGAGGACAAGCUGCAAAAAGCCAAGGUUCCUGACUAUUUCGUCCACUCGGCGGGAACAGGUGAGGAAUCGCACUUUGAAAGGUUGCACAGGAGCUUUCAGGAGGCACGAUUUCUUCGGUCGGUCGUUAUAUUGUCCGAUACGGAAUGCCGACUCGUGUGGUGCUCGCCGAUUCGCAGUAUUCCUUGUUCUACGAUUACGUCAUCAACAACCGCUUCACGAACCAGUCCGGCGCCGGAAUCUGGACGCCUCCUGGGAUCGCCGGCAUCGGCUACGGCUACGACAUCGAGCCGGUCUGGUAUGGCGACACGACGAGGUCAGUCGGUUGCAGGAAAACCAAAGACAUCUUAAAAUUAUCGAAAGGCCGGUCAUUUUCAGCCUCGUCCGACACGUCGUCAACGAGGCGAUGAAAAUGCCCGACGUAGCGACUGUAGCUGCUCUCCACGAGCUCAAUGGACGAGGCCUCAACGUCGGACCGUCCACAGCCCUCAACUACCUCGUAUCUCUCUACCAGGCCUACAAACAGAGGUUAGAGCAGCGAGCCAAAACUAUAAAGAAAAGUUUCUUAUGAGAUUUUUCUCUUCUAGUUGUACCUAUAUUGUCACUGUUUGAAAAUAGUCGUCUCUGUGUUUUUUUUAUUCUCAAAGAAAAAACUUUCCAACCACCUCAGGGAAUAAAACAAGAACACAACCUUCAAAAACUUUUUGAUAUAAAGUAAUCAGACUCAAAAAAAGAGUAAAAUAGUUUAGGAAGAUUAUUGAAAACAGUUUUUUUAAAAAGGAUCGAAAAAUUUUUAUACAUCUUCUUGAAAUUAUAAAACUUUGAAGUCUCUACACCGUACGCUGAAAAGCUUUUUUCAAUAUUUCAGACACUCUUCAAUAUCCAAGCGUCUCACAAUAGUUACAAUUGCUUGCGAUCCUGGAGAUUUCUACCGUAGCACUUACCUGAAUUCUACCUGGGUUGACGCAUCUCUUGGCAAGAGCGGGGGCAUGAAAAGCGUUAAGUGUUGGAGAGAGGUGAGAUAAAUCCUUUCCGAUUUCUUUGCGAGAGUCUUUUCAGGUUAUUGUGAACGCCAUGGACAAAGGCUCAGACUUCCUCGGCCAAGGCUUGACCAAAUGCUACGGCAAUUUCCAGUCGUCCCUCUGA